AUGAACUUCAAAGAUCAAGUCAAUGUGGACGCUGUCGCCCGGGAUAGUCUGGAGAAGCUAGGCUACAAGCAGGAGAUGACACGGGUUUGUGCUUGUGCUUCGAUUUUGCUCAACGCCACGACUUACUCUCUGGUAGCAUUCGGUCUUACAUCACCUAUAGCGACGUCGCUCAUUGGAGGUGGUCCAGCAGUAAUGAUAUGGGGUUGGAUCCUGGUUUCAGUCCUGACCCAAACCCUUGCUCUUUCACUGGCGGAGAUAUGCUCUAAAUAUCCCACAUCAGCAGGGACAUACUACUGGUGUUAUCGACUUGCGUCCCCCCGCACGCGACUCCUUUCCUCCUGGAUCAAUGGCUGGUUGACAGUCGUUGGUGGUUGGACGGUUGAUUUGAGUGUCAAAUUCGCAACUGCUCAACUUGUUGUUGCCGGAGCUGGAAUAUAUUAUUCUGAAUGGGACGCGACAGCAUUGCAAACAUACAUGAUUUUCCUCGGCGUGACUGCUAUUGCUGGCAUAUUCUGCAUAUUCUUUAACAGGCUCCUACCAACCAUCGAUAUUAUUUGUGCUUGCUGGACGGGUUUAGGCAUCAUCGUUAUCUCGACAUGCUUGUUAGCCAAGGCUGCAGUAGGCCGCCAUCCAGCCUCUUUCGCGCUCGGGAACUUCGAUCCCUCGUUUUCAGGAUGGACGCCUGGGUGGUCGUUCUUCAUCGGUACAUUGCCGGAGCUGAAUCAUGUCUCAGCAUACACAUUCUCCAGUAUAGGAAUGAUCACAAAUAUGGCCGAAGAGGUUUAUAACCCUUCUGAAAUACUCCCGAAGGCCAUCACCUGGUCGGUACCCAUUGGCUCAUUGACUGGCGUAUUAUUCCUUCUGCCAAUCCUUUUCACACUCCCAGAUGUCAACACAUUGCUUCAAGUUUCUUCCGGUCAACCGAUUGGUGUCAUGUUUACUUUGAUCAUGGGCUCCAGGGCUGGUGGUUUCGGGCUGUGGUUCAUCAUAUUCGGUAUCGGUAUGUUUUGUUCAAUGUCCACGUCGUGUGCCGGUUCUCGUGCAACUUGGGCGUUCGCACGUGACAAAGCCAUUCCAUUUCAUCGGCGGUUCUCCAAAAUCGACCCUUCCCUUGGAGAUGUCCCUGUGAACGCGUAUGCACUCUCCACUGCGAUCCAAGUUCUCCUUGGACUCGUCUACCUCGGUUCCUCAGCUGCAUUCAACGCUUUUGCAGGAGUCGCUGUCAUGUGUCAUGGAGCAUCUUACGCGAUGCCCAUUGCCAUCUCGCUGAUGGACGCCCGGCGAGACAUGCAUGAUGCCCCAUUCAACCUUGGUGGCUUCGGUACUAUCAUCAAUGCAGUCGCAGUGCUGUGGAUCAUGUUUGUCACCGUGCUAUUCUCGAUGCCUGCUGUCAUCCCAGUAACGAGGUGGUCGAUGAAUUAUGCUUCGGUAGUGUUUGGGGGGUUCGGGGUGAUCAGUGCAGCGUGGUAUAUGAUCAACGGUCAGUUUUACUAUAGAGGACCUCCAAUCCAGGAAGAUUCAACUAGCUCGUCCGGAUCCUCGGACUCUGCUUUGCAUUGA